AUAGCUUUGUAGUUGUCAUAAUGACUUGUGAUACGUAAAUCAAUUUGGCGCAAUGACAAAAUGAAAAAUUACUUUAGUUCUCUAUUUUCAAAUCAUAAAGUUCUUGAGAAUGAAUGUUACCAUUUUUUCAAAAAAGUCCCCAUCAGGUGCUGUCCAUUAUGCAGUAUGUCUGGUACCGGUACGGUCAUAAAACAAAAUGUAAUAGAGCCUGUUGAUUUGGCCUAUGUGUCAUACGAAUCUACAGAGAGUGUACCCCAGACGCCCCCUCUUCUUAUAAUGCAUUGCCUUUGUGGCUCGAAAGCCAAUUGGACAACAACAUCGAGAGCAUUACAAAAAGAGACGAAGCCUCAACGAAAAAUAAUUGUUGUAGAUGCAAGGAAUCAUGGCGACAGUCCCCACUCUGACUUUCAUAAGUAUGAACAUCUAGCAGAGGAUGUUAAAACGUUAAUGAAUAAGAUGGAUGUGAAGAAAGCGGCCCUUUUGGGCCAUUCCAUGGGCGGAAGAGCCAUGAUGUAUACGGCACUUAAAUAUCCUGACUUAGUAGAAAAGUUAAUCUCCGUGGACAUUUCCCCUAUAAGAACAACAGAAUCAUUCAAGGCUGCUGCUCAAAUAAUGCAGGCAAUGCAAAAUGUAAAAUUUCCAACAAGGGUUACUUUAGAAGAAGCCAAAACGAGUGCUGAUAUGCAACUGGCCAUGUCUAUCCAUAAUAAACUCGUUAGAAGUUUUGUAUUGACGAAUCUCGUCGAAGAAUCAAAUGGAAAGUUUGCAUGGCGUGUAAAUAUCCCCGGUCUUUUAAGAAAUAGGAAAUAUAUCUUUUCGUUUCCUGAUGUUAAAGGGUUAACUUAUUCGGGUCCGACGUUAUUCAUAACUGGGAAAUUGUCCGAUUUCGUUCAAGAAAAAGACCAUAAAGGAAUCUUGGAGUUAUUUCCAAAAGCUGAAUUUCGUUCUGUUGACAAUUCAGGACAUUGGGUGCAUAAUGAAAAACCAAAGGAAUUCCUCAAUAUAUGUACAGAUUUUCUAUCGAAAUAAAACUGGUAAUAAAUAUAUUAGCUAUUUCUU